AUGUCAGGUACAAUACCAACACACAUAGAGAAUGACAGCGAAUUGCCACAUAUCGCUGUAAACGGGAAGGACGUGGUUUCACUGGAAGAAGUCGAUUUGUCUGCGGACACUUUACUUUUAGAUUGUGAAGACACAUUAAAUAGAGAAAGGUCAGAAUCAGAUGAAAGCCACGAUGUCAACGAGUCUUCUCCAUUCACCUUUGAAGAACAUAAACCUCAAAAGAAUGAUAACGGUCUCAAAAUUAUUAUUAUUAUGUCUUUAGUAUUUGCUGUUUCUGUGACAACUGCUUUAAUAGUCAACAUAUACAUCGGUCCUCAUCAGGUUGCUACACAUGGAGCAGUGUCAUGUGGAGUAGAGCAAUGUUCUCAAGUUGGUGUUGAAAUCUUGAAGAAAGGUGGCCAUGCUGUAGAUGGAGCUGUCGCCACUAUGCUAUGCAUGGGUCUUAUUGGGGCUGAGAGCUCAGGAAUUGGAGGAGGUGGUUUUAUGUUAAUUAGAGAUGGAGAUUCCGUGGAUGCAUUGGACUUCCGUGAAACUGCACCAGGAGAUUCAACUCAAGAUAUGUACUCCAAUAAUAAUACAGCAGCUGACAUUGGUGGUUUGGCUGUAGCAGUGCCUGGUGAGCUCAAGGGAAUGCAAAUGGCAUGGAAAAAAUAUGGAAGACUUAGAUGGUCAGAAUUAUUUCACCCAACAAUUCAGCUCGCCAAAGAGGGUUUCAAAGUUACUGGACAUACAGUUGACAGUCUGAAAUCUGAAACUGCUAAGUUCAGCUAUUCUAAGAAACUGAGAGAUUUGUACAUGCCUGGUGGUGUACCAGUCAAAGAGGGAGAUACUCUCAAAAGAUUAGACUACGCUGAAGUCUUGGACACAAUCGCCAAGGAAGGAAUUGAUGCAUUUUACAAUGGGAGUCUAACUAAUGAUAUUGUCGCCACUGUGAAAAAUGCUGGAGGAAUUCUAACCAAAAAGGAUUUAUAUGAUUACAAAGCCAUUUGGAAAACUCCUCUGCAAACAAUGUAUCAUG